GUUCGUGUGUGUGUGUUUCCAUGGAGAGCAGACAGCCACACAAGCACACACGCGCGUCUUAUCGUAUGAGCUGGGUUUAGGAGGUUUUACACCCUGCGUGAAUUCUAUCAGAAAAAGUGUCGUUAUCAGCAGCACCAGCAGGAAACAAGGACAGCAACACCCUAAAAACGCAGGCUUGUUAUGGCGGACUGCUAACCAGUGGCGACCCCCAUCAGUCCUUCCAAUGGGACUCCACCUUACCCCUCCCUCCAAGAUGAAUUUUGAAGCUUUGCCACAUUAAAACAACUUUCCUGGAGAAGCACAGAUGAGUCGCGACUAUUUUGCCGAGUCGAUGAAGCUGAUGAAAGCGUCGUGAGCCAUGAUGAACCGCUACACCACCCUGAAGCAGCUGGGUGACGGCACCUAUGGCAGCGUGCUGAUGGGGAGAAGCAACGAGUCUGGAGAGCUGGUGGCGAUUAAACGAAUGAAGAGGAAAUUCUAUUCAUGGGACGAAUGCAUGAACCUAAGAGAGGUGAAGUCGCUGAAGAAGCUGAACCAUGCAAAUGUUGUCAAACUGAAGGAAGUCAUCAGAGAGAACGAUCACCUGUACUUUGUUUUUGAAUACAUGAAGGAAAACCUCUAUCAGCUCAUGAAGGACAGAGAGAAUAAGAUGUUCUCAGAGAAUGAAAUUAGGAACAUCAUGUUUCAAGUGUUAUCUGGCUUGGCUUUUAUACAUAAGCACGGUUUCUUCCACCGAGACAUGAAGCCGGAAAACCUCUUGUGCAUGGGCCCAGAACUGGUCAAAAUAGCAGAUUUUGGACUGGCCAGGGAGAUCCGCUCCAAACCGCCCUACACCGACUAUGUUUCGACAAGAUGGUACCGAGCACCUGAAGUUCUGCUCAGGUCAUCGACCUAUAGUUCUCCUAUCGACUUGUGGGCUGUCGGAUGCAUCAUGGCCGAACUCUACACUCUCAGGCCUCUUUUUCCUGGGAACAGUGAAGUGGAUGAGAUCUUUAAGAUCUGCCAAGUUCUAGGCACUGUCAAGAAGGUGGACUGGUCAGAGGGCUACCACCUGGCUUCAGCCAUGAACUUUCGCUUCCCUCAGUGUGUGCCGACCCCCUUAAGGACGCUCAUUCCCAAUGCCAGCAGUGAGGCGAUCACUCUCAUGAAGGACCUUUUGCAGUGGGACCCCAAAAAAAGGCCGACUGCAGUACAAGCCCUACGGUACCCAUACUUCCAGGUCGGCCAGGUCUUAGGGCCUCGUCCUCACAGCCAAGAGGCCCAGAAGGUCCAGCCCAGACAGAUAAUCCGGAAGCAGGUCUCAGAACAUAAAGUGGAUCACGCUUCUGCUACCAAAGCCUCCGAAUCCUCCCCAAGAAACCUCCAGCAGCAUCAGCCUCUUAAGCAGAUCACCGUGCCUCAAGCGGAGGGCAAACAAGGAGGCCUCAGCCAUGUCAAGGCGGCAUCAGUUGGCAAUGAGAACAACGUUGGCGGAACCGGCAUGGUGAAGAACGGCAGACGGCGCUGGGGCCAGACGGUGGCGAAGACCGUAGAUAGCUGGGAUGAUUCCGAUCCAUCAGACACGGCUGCCUCUCACUCCAAGAAACCCAGUUUGGGGAACUCCGAGGAGGAGAGGAACUCGAAGGAACCUCGGCCGCCGGCCGUAGAGCAGAAACCUCUUUAUUCCUUUAGUACAAUUACCAAACUGCCUAGCAAUGUUAAGGUUGGUCCAAUAGAUCCUAAUCUACCAGGAUCUGCAGCACGACAGCAUUACCUCAGCCAGUCGAGAUACCUACCUGGUUUGAUCGGCAAGACAUCAAGUGAAAAGGAGAUGAUUGGCAUGACGUUACGGGACUUGUGGGAGAACUCCAACACUGCAAAUAAGCCUCUCGCUCCUAUUGGAGCUGGAUUAUCUACCACCAGAGCCCACCCAGCCUCUGUGGAAAGCACACCAGAGAAAACCGUUUUUCAGGAGAGAAUACGGGAGAAAAUUGAUGUUUCCAAAGGGAAUUUUGUGAGCACCAAGUAUAACCUGUCUGGUGGCUACAUCCCUUCGUUUCAAAAGCGAGAAGUGGGCUCCGUGGGACAGAGGAUCCAGCUUGCGCCUAUCGCCGGCCAUCACACAAUCAAUCCUUCCUCUUCUCCUGAAAUUAAAAAAGACAAAACAAAACACGCAAAGCCCAAGUCCGUCUCAUCUUUGAGCGAAACUAAUGAAGAUUACGAGGGAUGGAAGAGGAGGACAGACGUCAGAAGUCAAGUGGUGAAAGGAAGUAGCUACUCCGCUCUGGGAAAGACUUCCGGGAAUCUCAUUUCCCGAGCUCCUGCCGUCCAGCCGGUCCAUGGUAGAAUAGACUGGACUUCCAAGUACGGUGGAAAUCGGUAGUUGUUUAAUUAGAAGGUACAAUUACGCUUAAUAGACGCAGCGGAUGAGAUCCAAUACUGUAGAAUAUGUGCCCUUCGUGCUCCAACAAGCUUCAGGUAGGAACCAGUAGAGGACAAGCUGCUCCCCAGGCGGGACUUUGCACACCUCUGAGCUGUUGUGACAAAUGAUGACAUCAUUUUAUUCCUGCUGAGCUUUUUUGAAGGCAGCGUGUCCCCCAAAACGAGAGCCAAUUCUACUACCUGUAUGAGAAUUUAGAUCAUUUAGCUUGAAUUACAUUGCGGCAACCAGCGUAGUUCAUAUUCCAGUUUGUACACCUUAUGGUAUGUUUUUGUAAAUGUUUUAUACAA